UGUGUGUGUGUGUGUGUGUGUUUGUGUGUUUGUGUGUGUGAUGAGAGUGAAUUAUGUACUGUGUGCAAGUAGGAAUGAAAGUGAUAAUAUUGUAAAAUAGCACUGUGGUUCCUUCUUCCUCAUGAGCCUGAUCUGAGAGAGGCAUGGGCAACCCUAGUUCGCCGCUAAUUAAUCAUUAUUUCUCUUAUCGUGAGUGCUCUCAAGAUAUUUCUAUCAUCCAUUUCUUCUCUUGUAAGUGCUAGCCAUCUGUUCACAUCCCUACACAAGUUAUAUUUUCGUUUUUAUCUGCCCUUUUUUUUGCUUUCUGUUUUUCACUUUACAACAACACUAUAACUUUCUCUUCCAUCAGUCGGGACCGAGACAUCGUCUCCAAAUUACCAGGCGGGCUCCUCGCUAUUCAGAACUUCUGGUUAGGUGGACUCCCUGGCGUGAUGAUCCAAGCAGUCGAUUACGUCAUGUCGGCCACCACAUGCUUCCUGCGGAAAGAUAACUCUAGCAGCAACAAUACUUUUGAUAACGUGCCUUAUUUCCAUGAUGGUGAAGAUUUCUUGUGCCCAGAGGACGAGAAACAUAACUGUACAAAGUCCAGACGUCUAGACCGUCUCGUCAAGUUUUCCCAUGUCAGAAGGAAAGAUGAUUUGUUCCCCGAGACCUUUCAGCAGUGUUUGAACAAACUCCUGUCCGCCGAUAGCCCCGUCCCAUUCCCCAACACGAACAACGAAACCAACAGUACAAGCGUCACUGACACUGACAGCCAUUUUGCUUAUGAUCCGCACCGGAAGAACAUUCUCCCAGAGCACUACGCAGGCGCGGCGGAAAGAGGAAGUGGGUGGGGCGAGGGUGCGUUCUACCUUCUCAACACCGUUGACGAUGGUCGAGGUCACCGUAUAUGGUCAAAGGUCGGUUACAUCACGUGCAGUGGUGAGAGAGACCUGAAGACUGUCCUCUGGCCAGGUAAGUCCAAGAGAAGGCAUACAAUGUAUACUACUAAUUUAAAUAAAUAG